AUGAAGUUGUGCCUGGUUUUCCGCGGUACUUUCGGUUGAGUCGAGAAAGUGAUGAUUGAUACAUUUUUUGAUGAUUCCUCAAUGAAAAAUGAGCUAAACAGCGACUUUUCUGCCAACUGCUACUCGUCCGUCGAUUUACAAUCCGAUUUCUCACUUGAUAAUGCGGAAAUAUACCCCGAGAUUUCAAACAAUGAUUCCUACGGUGCACUAUUUUUGAUGGACUCUGCGGAUCUUCUGGACGUACGGGAAGAAGUUAUUGGCGAGGAAUCAUUUGUGACAAACUCUGAGCAGCCAUUAUCUUCGGAAAGCGCCUCGAAGCUGUCUGGAACCUCCUUAGGUAGAUAUGCACGAACAGCUAUUGGUCAGAAAGAGAAAGGUAAUAAAGAACAUGACAAUCUACAUGAGAGAAGCAAGCAAAAUAAGUGUGUUUGGAAUGAUUCAUUUGAUGAAAUGACUGACAAACCAUAUUUGUGUAGUCCUGAUAGCCCACCACCUAUUUCAAGUGAUAUCAGAGUGGCUCCAACACCUAGUAUUGACGAAGUAUUCUGUAAGGAACAUGUGGACAGUCCUAAUAUUUGUGAUGGAGAUGAUGAUGUCAACCUGGAGAGACUUUCUGAUCUUCAUAUUCCUCUUCCUCUAUUCCAUACUGAAUCAAAUUAUUCAGACUCAUCGCAGAUGGAUGCACCGGAUUCUGAAGUUGAUACCUGUAGUAUAUUUUCAUCAAAUAACUGUGUUAUUAGCCAUUCGGAAAACUACAUUCAGACUAAACGUUCUCUUACAUCCACUGAAUCAUCCCAUUUCGAUCUUAAUGAUGGUUCCCCAUCUAAAGUUACAGCAGUACAACCUAUGUCUUCACGAUUUUCCACAAAAAAUGGUGGAUUUCUACAACUAUCAUCUCAUGCUAAUCAGCUUCUGACUACUGCAGUUCAGUCAGCUCAACCAUCUAAACCAACAUCUAGUUGUCAGUCAUUAAAGUCUAAGUAUCGUCGUGGGGGCCAAAUAACAUUAAAGUCAGGUGCUUCGAUUCUCCGUACAAAAAAUUCGUUCAGUGAUUUAAAAGCUACAAAUUUUAAACCAACACUUACUUCUGCACGUUUUACCCAUUGUCGGUUUUUAACUGCCUCUCAAUUGUCUGGAUCAACACGGGAAUCAACAGGUACUCUAACUUGGUUUCCAAAGGUAGCUUUGGUCAAUUCGAAUACUUCGUUCAAUUUAAGAAAACCAGCUAUUGUCAUCGCCUCAUCAUAUCCUAAUUAUAGAUCAGAUGGUACAUAUGUGAAAAGUGAAGGAGGAGUUAAUUUUAUGGCUCAGUCUUCUACAGGUAUAAGAUCAGCAGAUAUACAGUCUAUGGCAUAUAAUCGAAAUGGUUUCUAUGUUUCUUCUAUGCAUCAAAAUUCAAUGAGACGUGGUGGUAGUGGUGGUGCUGCUGGUGGUGGUGCCGGUGGUCCUCUGAAUGCUACCACUGAUAUAACGUCAGUAGUAGCGACAACAAUGUCAACUAAUUUUGGACCAAAUCGUACUGUGUUCUGUCCUCAUCUGGGUUGUGGUAAAACAUUUCGUGAUACAGCUGCUAUGCGUAAACACCUACACACACAUGGGCCUCGUGUUCAUAUUUGUGCAGAAUGCGGUAAAGCAUUUGUAGAAUCAAGUAAAUUGAAACGUCAUCAACUUGUGCAUACUGGGGAAAAACCCUAUCAAUGUGCAUUUGAUGGUUGCGGAAAACGCUUCUCCUUGGAUUUCAAUCUACGUACUCAUCUACGCAUUCAUACUGGAGAUCGACCGUAUCCAUGUCCACAACCUGGCUGUAACAAACGUUUCGCUCAGUCGACAAAUCUAAAGUCACACUUAGCUACACACAGUAAAGUUAGAAAUGCUCAGUCAGGUUUCAUGAAUAGACAUCAUUUAAGUUCUAAUUCCAAUGGUUCUGUUCUUCUACGCGCACACUCACAAUCUGUACCGAUUUCAAUAAAUGGUUCUAUUUUACACUCUCAUCAAGUGAAUUUUUCCACUUUAAUUCCUAUGGGAUCAAAGGAAAUCAGUAUUCGCAAUCCAAAUGAGAAUAGUAGAUUCAAGUCGAAUUUGAGUUCUUUAUUUCAAGAAGUUCGUCUAGAUGGUUUUCGACUGCAUAACUCAUCACCACUGAACACAGUCUCCAUUCCUGUAUCAUCAUGCUCAGAUCAAUGUGAACCGACUGGUAUAAGUCCUAUAUCACCUUUAGAUAUAACAUCUUCAACCGAAUCAAAUAGUUCCUCAUUUUCUUCGCAAACUACUGCCGUAGUGAAUACUAUGUCAUCGUCAAUGUCAGUUGUGUCAGCCUCACAAAUGAUGACUGCGUUAGAUGGUAGUCUAGUAGAAGAGUUCGAUAAUUCCACUGGCGGUAACAUGUCGGUGUAUGACAAUGCUUCGAUGGAAUUGUCUAGAAAUGUUGACCACCAAAUUGAAAUUGGUAUGAAUAAAACUAUCAAAUGCUGUGAAGAAUUUUCAAGCGAUACACAAAUAGAUUAUGAUAGAGACAGCUUUCAGAUACCGCUUCGCAUAAAACAAGAAUCAGAUGGCGUCAGUGCAUCGCCGAUUAUUCAAAAGUGUGUAACACCGAAGAGAGCAAGGAAAUCACUAAGCCUGCCGAAACGAUCUGAGUCGCCUGGUUCUGAAGACUUCUUAAAGAAUGAAGAAGAGGAAGACGUAGAAGAAGAAGGUUUGACGUAUUACAAGGAUAUUGAUCAUCGACCUGGGAUUAAUCGAUUAUCCAAUGGUAAUGUUAGUAAACAACCUGUAUCUAAACCAUCAAUACAUCAUCAUCAGCAUCUAUCAAAAUCCCCCAGUAAUAAAUACCUGUGUAAAAAACCAGUUUUGCCACAUUCAUCGCCAUCGUCAUCAUCAGUGAUGACGACAACAGCAGCUGAAGGAGGAGGAGUACACGUAACACCCUAUGCCACUAGAUCAAAAUCUCGUGAAUCUGUUAAAGCCUCAUCUGAUUGUCAUCGUGGUCGUCGUGGUGGUGGUGGUGGAAGCAGUUUCAAAUCAUACAGAAUUAAACAUCGUUCCCAUCUAUAAAUGUAUGUAUAUUGGGUUGGGUUGGGUUGGGUUCUCUACCUCUCUUGUUCUUUCUCUCUCUCUCUCUCUUCGUUUGUCUUAUACACACAUAUUGUACACACUUAAGGUUUAUCUGUUGUUGUUGUUUCGUUUACAUAUAUCUUGUCUAGUCAUUAUUGUUCGGCACAUGCACUCAAAAUUUAGUGCUAGCAACAGCUGAUGGAUGGGCAGAUUGAUUUCGAUUUUGUUUGUUCUGUUGUUGUUGUGUUUUUCUAUAUAAAACUUCUUAACAGACCCGAGUCUAAUUCAAUUUCCAUGACAUUGUGAAGGUUCUAUAGUAUGGGUGUAAGCAAUUCUUCAUAUAUCUAUCAUCUAUCUAUCCACACUGUCUGUGUUUGUUAACACAUGUCAUUCCUGGAGGGAGCGCUGAUCUGAAAACCAUGUUGAAUCACAUUUUGUUGUACAUUUUUUCUCGGUAUUA